CACGUACACAAGUGACACAACAGCCAGAAAUCAUUCAUUUUUCAGAAAGCUGAUUAGGUGAGUUAGAAGAAGAGAGCUAUAAAUUUUCAGGGUAAGGGUGCCUGCAGCACCAGGAUAGUGAAGCAGUGUAGCUGUGGUCCAAAGUCUAGGCCUUAUCCUAGGUGGGCUGCAUUUCUCAGCCACUCCAUCAUUGAAGGUUGUUCCAAACUGAAGGACCCUUCUUAUACGGGCGAGAAAUGCAGCCCACAUUUAGAGCGAUUUAAAGGACGCAGCUGAUGUAUCCUUCCAAGGCCUUUGUUUUCACAAUUCACUGACAGUGUACAACAUGAAUGGAAAAAAUUAACAGAACCACGAAAAUUGGGUACAAAUGGUCAGGCAUCUGUUAGCUGAUGUAUCGAAGCUGGGGAUCCAGCGCUUUCCUUUGAGUGUGCUGUGAUGCUGCCUAAUGGAUGCUGCUGUUGUAGAAGAGGAGGAGUCUGACUUCACAUGUCCUCACCAUCCCAGUGUUAGGGGCAUUACUAGUGAUAGGGGUCAUAUUUGUGUGAUUGGCUUUCCAAACUGGGGAUAAAAAAUUAUUUCACCUAAUAAAAAACUAUUGCACAAUUACACUGGUUUCUCACGUUUAUCUGUACUGUUUAUGGACAUAAAUUAGGUUUUAAAAUUAAGCUUUAGGAUUCUUUAGUCAACGUUUAUAGAUAAAAUAGGUUUCUACAGUGUCUAAAACCGCUUUUAAGGAGCUAAUUAUUCAGUUAGAACAGUGCUAAUAUGUGGGAUGUAAAUGUUUAUAGAAUGUUAAAAGCUGCAUAAGCUCAUGCAAAACUAAAGAAUUAAACUUUUUGAGACACCAAACGUGUCUUGGAUGAUGUAGUACAGUAGGAAUAAGGGAGAAGGAACCAGUGGCUGCGAUUGUGUAUGCUUGUGAUUUAUUGUAAUUCUGUUCUUUUGUCCCUUUUGUUAAUCACACUUCAUUUAACCGGAGCUGAACCAUCAGGACAUCAGGAGGUUUAUCUGCAUGCAGUCUUCGACCUGAAGCUGCCGUCCAGCCUGCAAACGUCAGGGAAGGUGUGUUAAUCGAUGGAUGGAGGAAAGGUAGCAGUUCAUUUGCACUGCAGGUUCCUUAUCAGUGCCGGGCAGAAACGGAGAGAGGAGGACGAAGAGGAGGAGGAGGAGGAUGGAGGACGGCGAGCGAGCGCUUAUCACAGAAAGCCAGCAGUCCUUCUUCAGGCCCUCGCAGGAAUGAGCCUAGGAGAAAAAAACUACUCCCAUGGCAUCUCGAGAGGAGCUCAGAGAGAGGCUGAGGCUCGGGCUGAAAGGACGCACUGGGGAUCACCACUCCGCUAAUCUACCUCUCUCCAGGACUCUGUCAGAACCACUGCAGCGGCUCGGCCCGGUCCGUGUCCCCGCUCCCCUGAUUACACUCACCCGCCGGGGUCGCCUCCUUUCUGAACCAGACCUCACACAGCAUCACCCUCCUCGUCUUCUUCACCAUGACCCGUAAAGUGUUCACCAACACUCGUGAGCGCUGGAGGCAGCACAACGUGAACACGGCGUUCGCGGAGCUGCGUAAGCUGAUCCCGACUCACCCGCCCGAGAAGAAGCUGAGCAAGAACGAGAUCCUGCGGCUGGCCAUGCGCUACAUCACCUUCCUGGUGACGCUGCUGGAGAAGCAGCAGGGCGAAGGAGCCGCCGCCGCUCACUCCCCCGCCGCUCUGCUCACACUCAUCACCGGCAACAUGCAGAACCUCCGCUCAGACCGGGCCUGGGCCAGCGACUCCGACCCGCACUCGCCCGGAUCCAGCAGUGAUGGAACCACAGAGUCCUGGUAGAACCUUCUGCCAAUACCCGAGAACAUUUUACCCACGAAAUCUGGAACAUCUUCUGAACAUCUACAACACUGAGAGAGUGAUUAACGCCUGCCCUGAAUUUACACAGAGCGUCUAGAACUCCUGCUCUAAUUUCACAGAAAAGACCUAGAACUCCUGCCGUAAUUAUGCAGAGAAAUCCUAGAACGUCUGCUAUUAAUUUACACAUAAAUUCUAGAACAUCUGCUGUACAUUUUAGUCUAGAAUUUGAUGAUUUCAUUCAAGAAUUUCAGUCUAGAACACCUACUGUAAUUCUAACUGUUCUAGAUCAUCUGCCCUGUUCUGUACAUUUAUGCAGAACAACUGGAAUAUCUGCUGUUAAUUUAUAAACACCUACAUGUGCGUCUUCAAUUUCAAACACCUACUGUAAAUAUAAGGUAUAAUUAGAAAAAACCUUGAACACAUCGACAUCAUCUGCUGUAAGAUCUAAAACAGUGACUGUAAUUAAACAUGAAAUAUUGAACAUCUGCUGUUCUUUUGCAGAGCAAAUCUAAAAUGCCUGCUCUAAUUUUAUUCUACAACAGCUACUGUAUUUCCACAAAUUUUAGAACAUCCUCUGUAAAUGUAUUUUAUGUAUAGGCAUGCAGGGUUUAAUUUUACCUAGAACAUGUAGAACAUCUCCUGUUCAAUAUCUGUUUUUUGGAAUCUAAAACCUACACCUAACACUUACAAUAAUUCCAUAUGAAAUAUUUCAUGUUUCAUGUAGAGCUCCAAUCAUUUUACAAGCCAGAGUCUAGAACUUCUGCUGUAAUUUUACAAAGAAAAUCUAGAACAUCUGCUGUAAUUGUACACACGUCUAAAAACUAUUUAAUUUUACAGGGUCUAGAAGGCAUGUAGUGUCACACAAAAUCUAGAUCAUAUUUAAUUGUGCAGAGAGAGUCUAGAACCUCUGCUGUAAUUUUACAGAUAAUCUAGAACAUGCUCUGUAAUUGGAUCUAGAUGUUCCAGAAGGUCUGCGGUAUUGUAACGGAGAACCCUUGGUCAGAUCGAGUGCUGUUGUUUUGUGGUGUUGAGUAAGAGCUGAAGUGUCUGACCCGUUUUGGUGGGAACCCUCAGUGACGGUGAUCUGAGCCCCCUGGUUCUCAGUGUUCCGGUUCUACAGCUGCAGGGUCUACAGACGGAGCGUCUGGACUGAAAAGAACGCUGCCGCCGGGUCGUUCCUCUGCUCUGGAAACUCAGUGUACAGCGGACCGCUUUGUUUGGAGAGAAGCGUGGUGUUGAAACGUGCUCCACUCAGUGUUUAAUAUUUAUUUUUAUGCGCUUUAUUUAUUGUGAUUUUUGGUAUAAAAUGUGAUAUAAAAAUAAGGAACUGUUCCUUUAAAUAGUACAAACCCAAAUGUAAGAUGAAAUGAAAGAUUAUUUCCUUAUUUUACUUUUUAUUUAUUGCUUUAUUAUCAGUUGGUCAGGACUGGACUGAUAAGCUGUAAUUUAUUUAUUUUUUAUUUAACUGUUUGUUAAUUUAUUGAACAGAAAUGUUAAUUUAUUGAUUUUUAAAACCUUCUUGUUCAGUGAACGAAAUGUAGCCAAAGAUUAUUAUUGUUAAUAUUUUUGUGUGAGCUGUAAGCUUCUGUAUUGUUGAAAUGAUGUAUCACUCUCUUCUAGUUUUGUCUUCCUUAGAUUAUCCUAUUAAUGAAUUAAUUUAUUCUACUUAUUGCAAAAAUCAGUGUUUUGCUAUUAAAAUAAAAAAACCCUGAGAAAGUCACUGCAAGUUUUUUGAUCAAUUUAACAUCAAUUUACUUUAUUUAGCAACAAAGAAAGUUGUGUAGACAAGAGACCGGCUGUAAAACCACUGUGCUGUUUUUAGCCUUUUAUUGUGAAUUGAAGUAAAAAACAUAAAAAAUUAAAACUAAUUUUAAUAAAAAUGUGGAAGCAGAA